UGCAUUUGAAUCUGCUGAUGUCCUGCACCAUCAAACGGAAUGAACAGCCAGUUAUUAGGAUGCUGGAUAGUUCGAAAGAUGUUGAUUAUAUAAAUGCGUUUGUGACUAGCACAGGAAGGGUUCGUAAAAUGGAACUAUUUUGAGAAAACAUGAAAUAAAGAUCUGCAGUGUAUAGAUUACAGAAAUCGAUCAUGGCUAUCCGUGAACAACAUACGCUUUCAAGAUUGCUUCUUCGAUUUGGAUUGCUUCACCUCACGGUCAAACACUUUGUAGCAUCAGGACAAAUGUCAUGUGGACCCUGUAAAUGCGAGCUUUAUGCGAACACGAGCCUAUUUAUCGUUGAUUGUUCAUCAUCAAUGUCAUUGAAUGAGGUACCAUUAUUUGGUAACGUUUCAAUCAGUGACAUCACAGAGCUUAAUCUCGCCAACAACAAUCUCUCGCUCUUAACAGCGACCUCUGCAUCACCAUUUGCAGGAUUCAUCAAUUUGACGACAUUGGAUUUGAGUAACUCAUCUAUAUCAAUGAACGGAUCGACAGGAUCUGUAAUCAAUGCUAUGACAUUCGCCGGUCUCGCUUCUGUAGAGGAGCUUGACGUUUCAAACAACCACAACCUGCCUUUUACACAUUUGACUGAUUCAGACCUCUUCAAGCACUUGACAUCUCUGAAAAUAUUAAGAAUGUAUGGAACCACAAAUGUAUCGCAUUCAACAGAGGGCUAUCCGAAUAAGCUGUGGUCUAAUGUGCCCACACUAGAAGAAAUCUGGAUAGAUGGUCUACCAUUUGCAGUGUUUGGAGAAGAGUUUAAACGAAUGCCAAACUUGAAAACUAUCCGCAUUACUGGCGAUUUAAUAGAUCCACCGAGGCGGGCUUAUGACUAUUGUAAUAUCGUCCAUAUUAACAAUGAGAUGCUUAAAAAUUUAGAACAUGUCUCGAACCUUUCCAUAGUUCAUUGCAAUGUUCAUUCAAUCUCCGAUCUGGCAUUUGAUGGCGUCAAAAAUCUAAGCGUUUUGGACCUUUCGUGUAAUUUAGAAUUAGGCUUUGUCAACGCGUCAAUGGGUUUUGGUCACCUAAAUAGCGGCCUAAAAAUGCUCGUAUUAAACAAUAUUAAUAGACAAUAUUAUGUAAUUAUAAAUGAAAGUUUCGCAAAGAGCCUGCAAAAUAUAUCUCUUACUCAUCUAUACAUAGAAGGCAACAAUAUUUUCCAGUUUCACGAGAACGCGUUUAUCAACUUACCAAUAAGUUUAAAGAAAUUGUAUGCUGGCAACAAUAGAUUUGACAUGGAUAAUUACCUUAUUUAUCUAAAUAACUUAACAAAUUUGGAAUUAUUAGACCUAUCGUUAAACAAACUAACGUUCUAUGACAAUAACGCAAACCAUGAUUUAACAGACACCUGUUUAUCGCAUUUAACUGAAAGACCCAAAAAAUUAAAGAGUCGCAUUUCCACGCACAAACGCACAAAUGCAGCUUUUAUUAUAUCAGGCUGCCUUAAUCAAGUUCAGGUUGAGAUACCCGCUGCUUUGCCACCUAAACUUGAAACACUUGAUGUUCAUUCUAGUAACAUGGGCCUAGCCGUAUACGGAUACAUGCCAAAGAAUAAUUCUUUAAAAACUGUUUAUGCCUCAAACGCUCUAUUAAACAGUUGGCCGAAUCGAUUGCCUGACUCUAUAUCCCUUGCACAUCUUGACUUGAGUUCCAAUCUUUGUUCCGAUGUUCAUCAAGAUUUACUUAAAGGUCUUCCUUUUCUUGAGUUUCUAGAUCUGUCUGGAAAUUAUCUUAGCCUUGUGAUGACAAAGUAUGGUGAUUUAUUUGAAAACAACACACAGCUUAAACAUCUCGAUAUAUCAAAAAAUGAACUUACGGAAUUAAAUAAUACUCUUUUUAAAAAUCAGAUCAAUAUGACGUUCUUGAACCUGUCACAAAACAAACUUAAAUCGUUCAGCAUUUAUGCAGAUAACUUAACAAAACUUCAAGUGAUAAAUCUUUCACAAAAUUGCUUUUUAACUUUGACGGAUUUUAAACAGAUUUUACACGUUAUUAGAAACCAUUUUGAAAAAAGAAACGAAACUGUUGUUGAUCUGAGAAACAAUGAUUUUCUGUGUUCAUGUGACGCUGAUGACGUAGCAUUCAUGAACAGCGUGGCUGAGGACGUUCGAAGUCAUCGGUAUUUACUACAGUUUACAUGCAAUCAAAACGAAGAAGUCAAGAAUACCUCAGAUUUUGAAUCAUUCAAACACACUUUUGAUAAGAAAUGUAGAACCUUGAUGGAUUCGAUUGUUCUGAUUGUAGUUGGUGUGGUGUUCGUGUUAAUUUUUUUAAUUAUAACCGUCGCUACGUUGGUGUUUAAAUUUCGAUGGAAAAUAAAAUACUGGUUUUACGUUCGAAAUAGUAAACGGCGUAUGCGAAACGGAUAUACCGUCAUUCCAAAUUGCAAUGAUUGGGCGUAUAAAUAUCACGUAUAUUUGGCGUAUUCUUACGAGGUACAGGAAUUCAUCAUAGGCACUGUCUUAACCAAACUGAGUGAACUCGGGUACAAAGUGUUCAGUCAAGAAGACAUUAUUCCCGGUUUGAACCUCUGUAGUGUUAUUGGGAACGCAAUCCACGUCAGCAGAUGUGUUUUGUUUGUUGUUAGUUCAGGUUGCGAGGAUUCAAAUGAAUGGAGUAUUGCGGUCCAUAUGGCAAAUGAAGAAGCAAUCAAGAGAAGGAAACACAUCACGUUGGCACUUUUAUAUGGUCACUGUGUGGAAGGUAUACCAGGUGCAGAACAAUUAAUACACCAAGACUACUUUAUAGAUUUUCCUCUGAAUGGCAGUGAACAUGAGGUAACCGCGUUCUGGGCUGACUUUGAAAAGAAACUGAUUUCGAUUGAUAACACUGCGUUAGAAACAUCGAUGACUUGCCUUGCAAGAAAUAAUGAACGCUCUUGAAGCAAGUGUGUCCUUGUUAUUAUGUUACAAAUGAGAAUCAUCCCUGUGGAUUUGCCAUACGUGUAAACAUUUCCGAUGGUGUUUGCAUUACUGGUGCAAUGCCAUGUAAGGGUAAAUAACGUGUGAACUUCUUCCUUGUUUGACAAUGCGUGACACGUGCAAUAAGAUCACUACUUAAUUUUCUUAUCGAGGACCAAUGGCCGAAAAGAAUCGAUAACCGAAAAAGGUGUAUAAUUUAUGAAUAUUCGAUCAAUCAUAUAAAAUGAGCAUAGAAUGUUUAGCACAAAAACAUUUCCGCGAAUACCGUAUAUUUCCCAAUUGUUUCUAAUAAGCAUGAAUACAAACAUAAAGUGGUUACUUGCUUUGGUUACAAGCAUCCCGUCAAACUUGUCUGGGUUUCGAUAACGAGUGACAUCCGCACAAAUUUAACAUGUGGGAGGCCUGCUAUGGGUUUAGCAUUUCUUUGUAAUUUAUGAAACCGACAACGCAAAAUUAUUUCCCAUAAUUAUCAGUUAUUUCCAUGUCAAUUAUUGUGUUAAUAUCCGUUGUUUUAACCAAUUAUACUUCAACUGAAGUUAUAUGCAAAAUGGUCGAUGACAAACAUUUUUUUAAAUGAUAGAUGGAUACUCGUUUGCACAAGUUAAACCUAUAAAAAUUAUUUUUUGUAUUUAAUUUGCAUUCAGUUUAUUUGAAACAUUUUCAAUUAUAAAAUCUUACAUUAUCUCUGAAAUAUCACAUUAAAAUCUCGUCUUCGGUUAUUGGUGCUCGACAAUAAUUUCUACCUCCAUGUCGGGCCUCUAUGAAAUAUCAACUCAGCGUAACACUAUCCGGGAAGUAAAUGAAAUCGAAAGAAGAAGUACUAAUGCUGAUGCAACUGCAGCAUUGUAAACAUGCGUAUUAAGAAUGACACGAAGUUUCAUCCCGUAAUUGGCCCUCGACAAGUAUGGUUUAUUUUCGCUACCAGUACGCCUUUAAUAGAAUGAAUAAUGUGUAUAAUAUUAACAAUAUAUAUACAUAUAAUGUCAAUUGGUAUCUGAUCUUCUAUGGUUAACUAUUCUCCAGUAUUGAACACUUUUAGAAAACAAUAUAUUAACAAAUAUUUCGAAUAAAACUAUGAUAACAUAAUUUUCGACUGACAAUUAAAAACAAAAUAUUUUUACUGUGUUAAAUUGGGAAUCGAAUUAAAUUACCCAAAUUGUACCUCGGUAUACGUUGUUCAAUGUCUAACUAAAGUAAACAAUUUACAUGUAUCUUUACUGCAUUCGACAAAUAUAGGAGCAUUAGUUUUGGUUUGUAAACUUUUGUUGUAUAUGCAUGUACAUUAUUGAUCACUUUUGUAUAUUCAAUGUUUUGUUUUGCGUUUAUUUCUACCAAUUGCGUUAUAUUUUCUGUAUUUUUAA